CUUCAUUGUUGUAUGUAGAACAUCCAUUCUACGCUAUCUGUCCGGCAUACGCCCUCCCAUCCCAGUGCGCGCGAAGCUGCAAGCGGAACAAUUACUCCACAGCGGUAAUCAUAUGUUCGUUAGUGCCGGCACAUUCUCGUUAGUCGGCUGGACUCGGUCGGUACCGAGGUUGAUGUUGUUCGACAGUCGUUCAGUGAUACCGUGGAAUGAACCGAAUAUGAGUUUGAAUGAGUUUUCCGAAUUCGGCGAGGCCAGAUCCAAACUGUUGGCCAUUCUGAUUCUUGGAUUGGGCAGCAUUGUAUCCGGUCUUGUGCCGUUGUACUGUACGAAGCACGGAACUAGACCGUUAUUGAUAACCGUGCUGCUAUGCUUCGGUGCUGGCGUCCUACUGGCAACGGCACUGGUCCAUAUGCUGCCCGAGGUGCGACUAUUCCUGCCCCGUUACGCGGAAGUGAUAUUCUGCGUUGGGUAUUUUUUAAUCUACGCCAUUGAUGAACUGGUUUGUUUGUGCACCGAUGCUGGGCCGAAAGAAGCCAGCAGCACUUCGGAACGUGUCAGUUGCUGCUACGAGAAUUCCUUGGUUAUGCUAUGCAAAAGUGAUGCGAGCAAUCGAAAUUUGGCAGAAGUUGAAGUCCAGCCCGUUCCGGUGGAUCCAGAUGGAAAAAAUAUACCACAACAAUCGGUAACCGGGACGUUCAGUCUUCUGCUGGCCCUGUGCGUCCAUUCGCUACUCGAGGGACUGGCCAUCGGAGUUCAGAACUCAGCUUCGAAAGUGAUGCUACUGCUCGGGGCCGUCAGUGCACACAAAUUCGUGGUUGCGUUCUGUCUGGGAGUCGAGAUCAGCUCGCACCGGGACCAACGUCACAGCUGGAAAGUAGCACAAAUUGUGAUAUUCUCCCUCGGGUCCGUUAUCGGCAUAGCAGUAGGGAUGGCCCUGGACGGGUUGGAUGAUAAUUUCAACAAAUUUGUAAUACCGAUACUGCAGGGCGUCGCCGGUGGAACGUUGCUGUACGUGACGGUGAGCGAGGUACUGCCCCGUGAGCGGGAGAAGCGACAGCGGGAGGUGCGGAAGGCAGGUAUUUUGCAGCUGCUGGCCGUGUUGGGUGGAUUCGCGGUGAUGUCGGCUCUCAGUCUCAUUAUCACCGAAACAUGAUGUGAUUUUUUGUUGUUGUUGGACGAAUACGAUUUGAGAGCAGAAUAAAAUGUUUAGCGCCAAUUUAACACUCCAAAUACCAAGCCUCAAAAAAAGUUGGAACGGUAACUUUGAGCUGUCAUAGCUCAGCUGUUUUUCAACGAAUCUCAAUAAAUUUUACACCCUCGAAUUUUGUGAAGUUCGUAGAUUGAUUCCAAAACUUUGUAGCAGACGAUUGGUAAAGGAAAACCAAUGAAAAUUUGAUUUUUCCCGUUCCAAGUUUUUUUUCACACGCCCAAUAUGCCCUAUCUGCUUCCCAAUUUUCGUUCCUUUGGCUUAAACGUCGCAUAGAAAAUAUUGAAUACUUCAACUUUACCGAGUCAUAACUUUGUUGUUAGUCAACCGAUCUUCAAAAUUUGUUCACCAUUGGAAAGGUACUACUUCCACAAAUACAAUGCACUGAAAAAAACUAAAAAUAGGGUUGUCUACCCAAAGUUAUAAUGAAAACUGUAGAUAGAUGACCUAAGAAAAGAUGAGACUUUUUACAAUGAUCGUAAAUAUCUCGAAAUUCAAAGCGAUGACCUAUAUAUUUUUAUACAUCAUUCGAUUGCUAGUGAUACCAGCUACAAUUUUCGCUCAACUACCUUUCCUGCACAAUCAAAAGAAAACAUUAAACAAUCGAUGAAUUUAUAAAUAUAUAUGAAUUUUUCAAUCUUUUUCA